AUGCCUCGAUGGGAAGAGUGGAGUGAUCAGGCAAUACGAAGCGACGAAUGGCAAUGCUCUCUGCGCGGGCUGAAGUCGAGGGUACACCCAAAAGCAAUUGCUAGAAUCGAAUGGUAUAAAGACUCUACGACCUUUGGAACCUUUAUUGGCUUCACUAACACCCAUGAGGCUUACCCCUCCAAUCUCUCUGGCAAACACGGCGGCGGCUUCGAUCCUAACAAUAACACUUCUAUACAAGUACCCUCGUCGCAACAAUUCUAUCCAACCCAGUUACACCACUGUGGUGGAGGUGCUUACGAUCCAAACAAUCCCACAAAGCCUGUCGUUGUAGUGCAGCAUCAACCAGUAUUACAACAACAGCCGACAUUCUCACCCCAAAUCGACGAUACCAUCACCAUGGUCGCGAAUGACGCUCAAGCAUCAGUUCGCGAGAUCGCGCCAUAUGAACAUGCUGCUCUGUACCAAGGUGACAACGGAGCAAACGAAAAACAACCAGGCGUCUCGUCUGUAGUGCGCAACGGCCCGAUAGAGCUCAAAGGAUAUUCGUACAUCUUCUCACCCAUCACAACGGUGAAAUGGGGAUUCCCGAACUUCUAUCGCAAGCCAGGACUUGGGUAUCAGAAGCUUGGCCAACACCGUCACCGCGACUGCUUUGAUCGCGAAUGGACGGGCGAUUAUGAUGAUCGAUACAUCUCAUCGUGGGAUGGCAAGGUUUCUAAGCUCGUUGUACAAGCGGUCGACGAUAUCUUCGAAAACAACAUGGGAUCUACGUACCGGAGAACAUUCAUUCGUAACGUUGCGCCAGUUUACAUGCGACUGGCUAACUGGCCCUUCAAACACAUUGACUUUGCGCGGCUCAAUGGGAAGAUUCCUAGUGAAGACUACCCUAUGCUUUGCCUCAAAUGGUUCAUCGCAUCUCCAAGCCCUGCUGAGAUACCUUCACGAAACGGGGGCAACUACGAUCCCGUACCGUAUCAGUACUUUGGGUACCCAAAAGUCGCCAAAAACGCGAUCGAAAUGCAUAAAUCCAAAGGUCUCGCGUCGAGUGAGGCCAACCCUAUCGCUGAACGUGUCUUGCGUCCCAGAUAUCUCUGCUUCUUGCGCGAGCAAGGUAAGCCGGCGAUGAUCAUAAAGGUCGAAGAUUGGCUGGCACAACAAAGCAGUCACAGCCUAUCAUAUGUCUUUGUCGCAUACACCGCCGAGCAGUUCAACACGCCCGAUGACUUUAGGGUCUUGCAUGAGAUUGCCGACGCCGCGGCGCGCAACGCGGGUGUCAUUGCAUACUGGGUCGGGUGUUCUUGUAUGCCUGACAACCAACUCGAGGAGGACGUGUAUCGUAUAUGCGAUGUCAUUCGAGGCGCGCAGUCCCUCGUGAUCGCAGUCGCAGCUCCCGCAAACAACAGGUACGAGAUCAACACACCUGAUCUCAUGCUUCAACAAUGGGGUAGCCGAGUGUGGACUUUUCCGGAAGUUCUCUUAGCUCCUGCUGGUGAGAUGAUCAAAGUCUAUGUGCGUGACAGCGAUCUAUCGCAGCCAAUUCUGGUCGCAAAGAAUCAGUUCGCUGCUCAAGUCUGGCACGACGACGCUCAUGUCGCCCGACAGCUUAUCGACCACUACGAAGGAAAUCUGAUCUUGAGCCAGCUUGAGCUCGUCACGCUCGCUCUCGAGUGCCUGCACAAACGCCAGACUGGAGAGUAUCUUCCUGGCGAUCAUAGCUACGCUUUGAUGGGCUUGCUUCGUGUCAGGCCACAGAUCGAUCGUACUGACUCUGCGUUCCAAGCAUUCGCGCGUCUCUCCCUUGCGAAUGGUAGCGAUCAGCUACUGGAGCGUCUAAUAUGCAUGCUGCCGAAGACGCCGGACCAACCGUGGCACUCGAUGGACGAUGCCUACAAUGCUAAGCUCUGGGACAUAUUGCCUCAAGAUGUCGGUAUUGCUGGUGUUGGUGAAGACGAUAGCAUCAUCCUUGAUGGCUGCCGUGCCGCAAAUGUACGAUGGAAGUCGUUCACACCUGUCGCUCACACUCGGCGCGACUCGUGGAAACGUAUGAUCGCGAAGUUGAUGCUGCGUCUCAGCGGUGUCGUGUUCAUCGUUGCUAUUGCACUCCUCGCUAUCCCUUUCGCUACCUCCAUAUUGCGCGCCAUCGGCGCCUUUUUGCUCAUCUACUCGCUGUUGAUGAUGGGCUUAUCGCCAUGGUUGCUUCGCUUGCUCUAUCUUGGCAAGUUUUGGGAGCAACAAUGCUGGUUCUUUGGCUUUGAGGGCUAUAUGGACCUGGAGACGAUUGAGACCCAGAUCUUUGGUGGUAGACUGGGGCGGAUGAAGUGGACCGCAGCGGCUAGUCCACUUUCCAGGCACGAGCGCAAUGUUCAUGGUGAAUGUGUUCCUAUCGAUCCAACAACCGAUCCUGCCGUCGCAGCUCUUGUACAACGAGCGAAAUCAGCUGGGCCUGGAGAGCAGCGCCUCUUCACGCUCGUAGAUACCGGCAACAUGACUGCGACUCUCUUCCUUGCCGAACGCCCACCCGUGUGUUUCCUCAUGGCCGGCUCUGAGGGCGGUAUGAAGCGCAUCAUUGGUUGCUCCUACGACUGGACCACGGCAACGAUGUACCGAGAAACCGUGCUGCGAAUAGGUACAGAGUUCGAGGACAAGAUGUCGCGUGUUGGACGUGUCAAGAUUGGCUUCAAGCGCAAGCAGCAUCCCUUCGGCCCGUUGUCCCAGGUCGGCGAGGCAGAAGGGCUGCGAAAGAAGAAGCCAAACGCGGCUUCUGCUCAAGCCUCACGCCCAUUUCAUGUUGACCGCUGGCGUCUGGACGAACUGGACGACUUGCUCAUCGAUGCUGAGGAGUCUUCUACCAAGGAGCUCACUACCAGGCAUGCGAAUAUCGUCAACUCGACAGCUACUCCCAGAAAGACUGUGGUAUUCCGGGACUCACUCCUAUGCGUUUCAACCGUAGUUCCAACCACGCUCAAUCCCCCGCCCAUGGUCUUCCCUCUUUCCACCGACCACCUCCUCCACCUAGUCCAAUACAAUGUUUUUCGAGCUUUCGUCUCCAACAAGCGUACCCUGAAUGCGCUUCUCAAAGGUUGGUCAUACGACAAGCCUUAUACAGAAUGUCCGGUUUGUCCUAUCAGCCUUGCCUACACCGACGACACCAACGUAUAUCCUCUAAACCCCAACAUACCUCCGUCACUAUUCCCCACUCUCUUGCAGCAAGAGCGCAAACACUCGUCCUGGAUCAAUCUCUUUCCAUUCCCUUCGCUACGAGACAAUUUCAUUAGGCACGAGGAACGACUCGAUCACUGGGAUCUGCUGGAUGACCUUGUUGGGGAGCUUAUGGGGAGUAUACCGACCCAGGAGCGACGAGGUACGCCAGUCGCUGUCACCUUUUCUGAUCCAAAGACUGCGCCGGAACAGCCAGUCGCAGCGGUAGACAACGAUGACGAUGGGGUCACAGCGGGCCGCAGAGGACUUAUAGUCUGGGGAGAGCCUCAUGUUAAACAGAACUGGGAGGCUACGCCAGAGUUUCUGAGGAAGUGGUCGUGGGCAGUGCAAGGAUGCGACGAUCUGCUUGCCUCUAGUAACCGUUGGAGGUUGGCGAGAGGGGAAGAGCCGCUGAGUCUUCCGGCCAUGGAAGACUUGUCUUUGAAUUAG